AUGGCGAAGACGAAGCCGAUGGCAGCCGGUGCGGCCGCGGCGGACAAGAAGCAGAACAAGAAGAAAGGCAAGGGCGGCAACAUGAAGGGGAGGAACGGCCCGGCGGCCGUGGCCAUGAAGGCGCGCGGGGCUGGGGCCGCGGCGGCGGAGCGGAGCAACCCCUUCGAGGCCAUCUGGUCGCGCCGCAAGUUCGACGUGCUCGGCAAGAAGCGCAAGGGCGAGGAGAGGCGCACCUCCCGCUCCCGCUCCGACGCCAUCCACAAGAGGGAGAACACCCUGCUCAAGGAGUUCGAGCAGAGCGCCAAGUCGUCGGUCUUCCACGACCGGCGCAUCGGCGAGAGGGACGAGACUCUGCCCGAGUACGACAAGGCCAUCCUCCGUCAGCAGCGAGAGCACAUGGCGAAGUUGAAACGGGCAAGCAAAUUCAAUCUGUCCGAUGAGGAGGAUGACGAGGAUUCUCACACGCUUUUGGGAAAUGAUGAUUUCAAUGAAGAGGUGCCUAUUGGUGACGACAGUGAUGAAGAAGGUAACACGCUCUCAAAGAAGCGCUUAUCUCUCCAAAGUAGUGAUCUCCCUUCAGAAACUGACCUGCCCGGAGAAACACAUGGUCACAAGAGCAAAAAGGAAGUUAUGUCAGAGAUCAUUUUGAAGAGUAAAUUUUACAAGGCCCAAAAAGCCAAGGAAAAGGAACAGGAUGAACAUCUUGUUGACAAGUUAGAUAGUGAUUUUGCAUUGCUGGCCCAGACACCAGCACUUCUAUCCCUGACCGAAUCAGCUAGAGUGAACACACAUAAAAACAAUUCAAGUACAAUCCAUAAAGGUUCAUCUGGUCUGACCGGAAAGGAGAUUUUCAAUAAGGAAAAGCCAGACGCAUACGACAAACUGGUGAAAGAAAUGGUGAUGGAUCAACGUGCUCGCCCGUCGGACAGGACAAAAACCCCAGAAGAACUAGCUCAGGAAGAAAAAGAACGUCUUGAGAAGUUGGAGAAGGAACGUCACAAGCGGAUGCUUGGAACUGCUGAGUCCUCUGACGAAGAAGAUGAUGAUAGCGAGGAUGGUGAUCAUCAUAUGAGGGCGGAUAACUCAAAACCUAUAUCUGGCGAUGAUCUUGGUGAUUCCUUCUCUUUUGACGAGCCAACAAAAAGGAAAAAAGGUUGGGUUGAUGAAAUUUACGAGAAUGAGGGUAGAAAGAUAGGUGAAGGUGUAGCAUCUGGCGAUGAAGGAAGUGAUGACAGUGGUGAAGACGAGGAUGAGGAUGAAGAAGAUGCUGGUGAUGAAGAGGAUUCAAGUGAUGAUGACUUCCGUAAUAUGCCGGCAAGAGACUGGGAGCAAAGUGACGACGAUGAGGUUGCUUUAGAAGAAGAUGAAAAGGAUGAUGUCAAAGAUAAAGAACAAGUUAUCGGCGAAAAAGUUAUGAAAACAAAUGCACAAAAUCUGAAGAGAGUAUCUAAUGCGAAGCAAAAACCACAUGGCAAGGAUGAAGAUCUUCCUUUCGUGAUAGAAGCACCAAAUAACUUACAAGAUCUAAGCUCCUUGGUUGAUGGUCGCUCAGAAACUGAAAUAGCUGAGAUUAUAAGCCGGAUACGUACUUGCAAUUCAAUAAGGCUUACACCUGAAAACAGAAAGAAAAUGCAAGUUUUCUAUGGUGUUCUCCUGCAGUAUUUUGCAGUUUUAGCUACUCAGAGUCCAGUGAAGUUUAAAGUAAUUGAGACCCUUGUUAAACCCUUAGUUGAGAUGAGUGGAGAGACACCAUAUUUUGCUGCAAUAUGUGCUAGGGAACGACUUAUUCAUACACGUGCUCGUUUAUGUGAAGACAUCAAAGUUCCAGGAAAAAGCAGCUUGCCUAGUUUGAAGACAUUACUUCUCCUGAGGUUAUGGUCUCUUAUAUUCCCCUGCUCUGACUUCCGGCAUGCUGUCGCAACUCCAAUGCUUCUGCUUAUGUGUGAAUAUCUGAUGCGAUGCCCUAUACAGUCUGGCCGAGAUGCAGCUGUUGGUUCUUUCUUGUGCUCCAUGGUGCUUGCGGCUACUAAAGAAUCAAAAAAGUUCUGCCCUGAAGCUAUCAGUUUUCUGCAAACUCUUUUGGUAACAUCACUUAAAGGAGAAGUUAGCAAUCAGAUCAAUGACCAGUUUAUGGAGCUCAAGACAUUGAAACCAUGGCUUCAUAUCAGCGAGCAAAUGCAUGAAGUGAAUCGUAUGAAUAUCCUUGACCUAAUGAGCAUGGAUCCUGAUUCCCCAUUCUUUGCAUCUGAUAAUUUCAAGGCUGGUGUACUUCUGUCUGUGGCUGAAUGUUUGAGGGGCUUUGUAAUUAUACAUGAAGGGCUAUGCUCUUUUCCAGAAAUUUUCAUGCCAGUUUCUUCCCUGCUGCAACAAAUUAUGGAAAAAUCCGAGUUGCCUGCCCUGUUGCAAGAAAUUUUCCAAGAUGUAAUCGACUUGAUUAAGAAGAGAAGUGACGAACACCAUGCUUCAAGAGAGCCACUCCAAAUGCGAAAGCAGAAGCCUGAACCAAUCAAGCAGCUGAAUCCCAAAUUUGAGGAGAAUUACGUAAAGGGUCUUGAUUACGAUCCUGACCGAGAAAGGGCACGCCUGAAGAAGCUGAAGAAACAAGUGAAGAGCGAGAAGAGAGGUGCGAUGUCCGAGCUUCGCAAAGAUAGUUAUUUCAUGGCUGCUGUGAAGGAGAAGGAGAGGAUGAAACACGAGCAAGAGAGGUCUGAAAAGUAUGGCAAAGCAAUGGCUUUUCUUCAAGAACAAGAAAGCGCUUUUAAAUGCGGGCAGAUGGGAAAAGGCAAAAAAAGGCGGAGGUGA